AUGACCUUUAACAUUAAAUCUAUUGCCAUUAUUGGCGCAGGCCCGGCGGGUAUUGCGUCCCUCUAUGAGUUUCUCCAUACCAAUGCUGACGGUACCUCCACCGUGGGUGGUGCUAGAUCGGCUGACCCCGCCUUCACCAAGGUUGUCGCCUUUGAGCAAAAAGACAAGGCUGGCGGGAUCUGGGCUCCUUCCUUUGACGAAGCGGACUACCCGCUCCCACCUCAGAAUCUCCUCAACACCCACCACUAUAACGACCCUGACGUCAUUCACCCGCCAGAACCAUUGCCCCAGAAUUUAGAGCUGGUAACCGUGGAAGCCCCAUUGGUGAAGCCAUCCACCUCCAAAGAGCUUCAGUGGAGCAGAAGCGGGGUGUACUCUGACUUGUUUACCAACGUCCCGAACCGUUUCACAAGGUUUUCCUACCUUAAACACAAUGAAUCCUUUUCCGAUAAGACCCGUUUGAUCUACCCGUUCUUGUCCGGCGCUGAGCUAACCAGUAGCAUUGAACAGUUUGUCGAGACCGAGGGCUUGAACGAGUACAUUAGAACCCAUACCCGGGUGGAAAACAUUCAGAGGAAAAACGGAAAGUGGAAGGUUACUGCCAGAAGAAGUGGUAUCGAGUCUGAAGAAUGGUACACCGAAGAGUUUGACGCCGUGGUGGUUUCAAACGGCCACUAUACCGUUCCGAGCAUUCCCUUCAUCCCCGGAUUAGCAGAAUUUAACGAUGCACACCCAGGUGUCUUGAUCCACAGCAAGUCUUAUAGAUCUACUGCCUUGUUCAAGGACAAGAAAGUGUUGUUUGUUGGGGGCGGCAUUAGCACCGUCAACUUGCUCCAAUAUGCCUAUCCGGUGGCCAAGAGCGUUACCGUUUCCAAACGAGGGCCAACCCCGUUUUUCCCAUGGAUGAACCAGGCCGUAGAGUCGGAGGGUAUAACUUCGAAGCCUACCAUCGACAGGUUUUUGUCGGAAACAAACGAAGUGUUGUUUUCUGAUGGAACGAAGGAGACAGGCUUUGACGUGGUUAUUUUCACCACCGGUUACCACUACCACUACCCCUUCUUAGAGAAAUACUUGACCGUCAACAACCCCUCCAGUCAAGGUAGGGUUAGUGGUUUGUUCCAUGAUACUUUUUCCAUCGAAGAGCCUACGUUGGGGACGGUGGGAAUUGCCAUCUCUAUUCUCAACUUCCAUACCAUCGAAGCAAGUGCCUCGGCCCUUGCGGGGGUGUGGUCCAAUGCCAAAAAGCUUCCGUCCCAGGAGGAACAGGAACGGUGGGUUGAAGAACAAGUGGAAGUCAAGGGCUCUACAUACCUUUUCCAUUGCCAUCACCACGAUUCGGUAAAGGCGCAAUUUGUGGACCCGCUCCACCAACUCGCCGCUGUGGGCAGAUCCAAUCCACUUGAAGUGGACGGUGCUCAUCUCGGCGAUAUCGAGCAGAGUUUUGAAAGCAUGGAGAGGCUUUUCUACAGGCUCAAGACCGGUGAAAUCACUCCUAGCGAUACUUUACUCCUGUCGCAAGUGCAUUCCAAGUUCUAG